UCCCCCUAAUCCUAUUACUAAAACCUGCCAUUUGUUACCCUCUCCUUUUUUAUAUUUUCCUUAAAACUUAUCUCCUUUUACUUCUUCAGUCACACACUCUCUCUCUCUCUCUCUCUCUCUCUCUCUUACUUACAUGCUCUGAUGCUCUUCCUCCUCUUCGUCUUCAUCCUCUAAUCUUCUCCAAUUAUUCCAAACCCUAGAAUCCUGCAAAUUCCCCUUCAAUGGCUUCCUCUCCCCAUAACGGCCAUGGCCACGGCCACGACCAGAACCAUCUGGAGCUCAACGGCGACACCACCAAAGCCCACCCCGCGUCGAAGAAGCCGAGGCUUUCUCUUUCUCUCUCCUCCUCGUCGUCGUCCUUCAUCACCGAAUCCGAAAUCCGAUCGGAGUUCUCUCACCACGAUCCGGGCAUCGCACGGAUCAACAACGGGAGCUUCGGGUGCUGCCCUAGCUCCGUAAUCGAGGCGCAGAGGGAGUGGCAGAUGAGGUUCCUCGCCCAGCCCGACGCUUUCUACUUGAACGAGCUCAAGAAGGGGAUUCUCCAGUCGAGGACGAUCAUCACGGACCUGAUCAAUGCCGACCACGUCGACGAGGUCUCGAUCGUCGACAACGCCACCACCGCCGCCGCCAUCGUCCUCCAGCAGAUGGCCUGGGGCUUCACCGACGGCAAGUUCCACCGAGGCGACGCCGUUUUGAUGCUCCAUUACGCCUACGGCUCCGUCAAGAAGUCCAUCGAGGCUUACGUCACCCGCGCCGGCGGCCACGUCAUCGAGGUACCUUUGCCCUUUCCCGUUAAGUCCGGCGAAGAGAUUAUCACCGAGUUUAAGAAGGCUUUGGAGAGGGGAAAAGCUAAUGGAAGGAGAAUUAGGCUUGCUGUUAUUGAUCACGUUACUUCUAUGCCUUGUGUGGUUAUUCCCGUUAAGGAAUUGGUUAAAAUCUGUAGGGAAGAAGGCGUUGAGCAGGUGUUUAUAGACGCCGCUCAUGGUAUUGGGUGUACUGACGUUGAUAUGGAAGAAAUUGGGGCGGAUUAUUACGCUAGCAAUUUGCAUAAGUGGUUCUUCUGUCCGCCGUCUAUCGCGCUGUUGUACUGUCGGAAAUCGUCCAAGUUAUCGGAUUUGCAUCACCCUGUGGUGUCCCAUGAGUAUGGCAAUGGGUUGGCGAUAGAGAGUGCUUGGAUUGGAACCAGGGAUUACAGCCCUCAGUUGGUGGUUCCUUCAGUUGUGGAAUUCGUCAAUCGGUUCGAAGGAGGUAUCGAGGGGAUUAAGAAGCGAAAUCAUGAGCAAGUCGUGAAGAUGGGGAAGAUGUUGGCGAAGGCGUGGGAGACCAAUCUUGGGUGCCCUCCUGAAAUGUGCGCAAGUAUGAUCAUGAUUGGGUUGCCUGCUUGUUUAGGGAUUUCCUGUGAGAAGGAUACUACGAAUUUAAGGACGCAUUUGAGAGAGAAGUUUGGUGUUGAAGUUCCGAUUUAUUACCGGAUUCCUAAGAAUGGUGAGACCGGUUCGAUAACUGGGUAUGCUCGCAUUUCGCAUCAAGUGUACAACAAAGAGGAUGACUAUGUCAAACUUAGGAAUGCAGUUAACAAACUUGUAUCCGAUGGUUUCACUUGCACACUUCUUUCCCAGUGAUGAGUGUAAUGAGGCACUGAAGAAGUCUUUCUGAUGAAUAACAGCUACGCUUCUCUGCAUCCUUUGCAUGCUUGACUAGUUGCAAUGGUUUCGGUACCAUUACGCCAAGGAAAGAUUAGCAGAGAGAUGAACUGCAGAAGUGCAUUUGUCUAAGCUGAAAGAGUUUUUCAUCUUAGUUUUUCUGACUUUUUAGUUUUCGGAUAUGAUUACUUAUCUGUUGACCGGUAGUUUUGUUGUAUAUGUUGCACGCUUUCAAGCUGUCCAUUGAAAUAAGACUUCUUCAGCUUCACUCUAUACAAUAAAGCCUGACGAUGAAUUUUGAUUUACUUUUA